AUGGCUACAAACACUCCUGCCAGGAAGGCUACAAUAAGUACCCCGGAUGCUAGACGAGAUCUGGAGGACGCAGCUCGUGACUUGAAGACGCAAAUCAAGAGCAGCAUUACCUGCCACAGAUCUUCUCCGAAUCAGCAAGCAAACAUUAAGGAAUUGGCAACCAAGAAUCUCCGCGGUGACAUGCUUCCGAUCUUACCUCACGCUUGUAGUACCUACCCGGGACAGGCAUCUGGAAAUAAAGACAAUCCCUAUCAUGAAGCAACGCGUGCCUUGGACGGGCUACGUGUUUUGUUGAAGGAAUAUGAAGAAAUUAGCAAGCGUGGGUGCGAUAUUCGAAUGCCUUCCUGGGUACGAUGGGAGCAAGAUGGCACGGAUCUGCAGCUGCUGAACACUAGCCUCAUGGGACAUUGCUUGAAACAUGCUGAGCAAAGCAUCAUUCCGAGCGGUUCGAGAGCUCCCCCAAACAUUGGAAACGAAGAUGUUGACCAAAUUGCAUCCGAGCUACUCCAGGAAACGUGGCCGCCAACGACGGAGGAAACUUGGGGCGAUGCUACAAAGGGCAUUUUACAAUCCAUGCUCGGCAUUGCUGCUUUUCUGCCAUAG